AUGAACCUUAUAAAGCAAUAUGGUCUUAGUCAAGGUUUUACAAUUAGAUAUAAUAAAGUUGAUAAUAGAAAUAAAGAAAAAGAAAUACGUAAAAGAACAAUUUUAUGUUCACGCAAAGGUACACCUGUAGCAAAGAAAGAUGAUAAUAAACCAAAGCAGCAAAGAGAAUCAAAACGAUAUAAUGUUAAAGAACGAGUUCUUUUAUUACGACGUGCAGGAUGUGAUGUAUCUCAAAUUUUAUUUAUAUUAAAAGAAGAAUUUUCAGAGGAAAUUACAUGGAUCUAUAAUGAUAUAUAUAAUUUUAUUUACCGUACACAAGAAUUAAACAAUGAGAAAUUUGAUGCUUCUAAAUUUAUUCAAAUACUUAAGCUAAUGCAAGAAGAAAAUCCUGAAUUUAAAUUUUCUUAUAUGAAUUCUCUCAAAAACGAUUAUCCAAAAGCUGUUGCUUAUUUAGUUCAAAUGGAAAAAACUGUUGACAAAUAG